CGGCGGUGUUUAUCAUUUUUUCGAUGUUUACUAGUUUCCAGCAGCUGACACUGGCAGCAUUCACUUGAUAACAAUCCGUCGAAGGUGCAUUGUCGUAGCCAUCGAGAUUCGUGCCGCUGAUCGAAAUGAGCUUCAGAUCCGUUAUACUGUUCAUCAUCUGGGUUGGAGCUUACUCAUCAAGUACUACGCUGACUCAAACUCAGCCGUUAGCGUUAUCGAGGGAAUGUGUGCAGCAGAAUGGUUAUCAGUUGGAUGAACUCCAAUCUGGGGAGUCAACGACAGUUACCUGGUUAACGCUAAGCGGAGUCGCUCAAAUCACAUUACACGGAGGAAUUUUGAGUUGUUUUCCAGAUCUGAAGGAGUUAAGUUUAACCAAUAGUGGAUUAGCAGCAAUCGAUGGAGAUGCUUUUCAGCAAGUUCCCGCUUUGUGGACUCUAAAUUUAAGUGAAAACUCGGUGAACUCGUUACUGGAUGGCGGCAAGCCGGUAUUGCGGGGUCUGACUGAAUUGCAUCAUUUGGAUUUGAGUCAUAACAGAUUGAAGGUGUUACACUCCAACAUACUUUUGGACUUGGACAACUUAACGGAGUUGAUUGUUUCGAACAAUGGACUCGAAACUAUUCACGCCAAAGCAUUCAUGGGUUUGUGGAGCUUGAAACUACUAGAUUUAUCCCAAAAUAGAAUUGAUUACUUGCCCAGCGGGAUGUUAUUCCACUGUAAAAAAUUGAAAGUGUUAUCGCUGCGAGAUAAUCGGAUUAAGUACUUCAGCAGUCGAACAUUCAGAGGACUGGAAGGGUUGGAGGAGUUAGAUUUGAGUGAUAACGAAAUUUCAAACCUGCCAAAAACAACUUUCGUGUCACUCCCUCAGCUGAAGGUGCUUCUUUUAAACGGCAAUGGAUUGGAAUGGCUAGAGGAGUCCGUGUUUGCUUCCUUGAGUAACAUCGAAUAUUUGAAUAUUGCAGAGAACAAAUUAAACAAUCUUUCUCCAGCAUCAUUUGCCCCAUUAAGCAAACUAAAAUAUUUCAAUGCUCAAGUAAACAAACUGACGACAAUAUCGAGUGACCUUUUCAGCAGGAACUUGUUGUUGGAAGAGAUAAGUUUCAGUGAUAAUGUGAUAGCAACCAUUCCCUGCGAUGCAGUUGUCAAUAUGAGAUAUUUGAAAAGCAUUGAUCUUACAAACAACUUUCUGGACUCCAGCUUUUGUCUGGAGUUUGCAGAGAACACCAGUGUCAAUGUGUAUCUGAGUGGAAACAAACUAACAAAUCCCACCAUCAUUGGAAACGUAACGUAUCUAACAAUGGCUCAUAACAACCUGAGCAAGAUACAAAUUAACGCAUUUUGGAGCAACUCGUAUAUUAGGAGCAUAUUUUUGGAGAAUAAUAAUAUUAGCAGAAUUGCAAUGGACGCGUUCACGAAUGUGCGUCUGUUGGAAGAGCUUGAUCUCAGUUACAACCCAAUCAAGGAAAUCAAUUCCUACUUUCUAGGACGUCUUCCUCAACUACGCAUUCUAGGAAUGAAUAACAUUGGAAUUGAAUGUUUACCAGAUGAUUUCUUCUUCUCCCAGGAGCAAUUGUUGACGCUUCGGCUAGGGAACAAUUCUUUGGAUAGCCUACCGGCAUAUAUUUUCAAUAGACUUAGCAAUCUCCAAUAUCUGGGAUUGGAAAGUAACAAAUUAUCAAAUAUUUCUAGUCAACAGUUUACAGGAUUGUUUAAACUGAAGAGCCUCUAUCUUUACGAUAACGGUUUUGAGUCCCUAGAAGACGAUCAUUUCAAAGAUUUAAUUAACCUGGAGCUCUUAGCGCUGCACAAUAAUUUGAUAACAAAACUAAACGAUGUGGUGUUCAGUACGAUGAAGCGCUUGGAGAAGAUUGGCUUGCACAACAAUAGUAUUGGGAUUAUAACUGCAGGUGUUUUUCGCGGUCUCGACUUGUUGAAAGUGGUCCAUUUGUAUGAUAAUCAAAUCAAUGAACUACCGGAGAGUAUAUUCGAAGACAACACUGAACUGGAGGAAAUUGUUCUGAGGAAUAAUUUAAUAACUGAUCUCCGCAGUAACACUUUCAGAAAGUUGUCUAAGUUACAGAUUUUAGAUCUUUCGGGAAAUAAGAUUGAACAAAUAAAUUCUAGUUCAUUUGAAAACUGUAAACAAUUGAUAGAACUAUGGCUCUCAAGAAACAGUAUAAGGAAAAUCGACAAAACAGCAUUCCGUGGAUUGCAAAAACUUGAGAUGCUGGAUUUGGGUAAUAACCAAUUGGCAACGGUUGAAGAUAAAACAUUCGAGAACAUGGGUCUAUUGAAGCGGCUAUAUCUUGGAAAUAAUCGCCUGCACACGGUAUCGACAGCGCUAUUUAACUCACUAGUUAGUCUGCAAGUUUUAUCCUUGUUCAAUAAUGAUAUAAAAUUCAUCAAGAGCGAUGUAUUUAGCAGUAACUGGCUGUUGGAAGAACUGUACUUGGAUGGAAACCAGAUAUCUGAGGUAUCGCCUCGAACGUUUUUCGGAUUGAACAAUUUAAAAGUUUUGUAUCUGUCGAAAAACAAAAUUAACCACUUAAGAGCGACAGUAUUCAACCCUUUGUUAUCAUUAGCUGAGCUAAAAUUGGAUAAAAAUUUCCUAACUGAACUACCGCCGGAUAUGUUACUUCAUCAAUCAGGUCUAGAAUUUUUGUCGCUAUCGGAGAACAAUAUAUCAUAUCUUCCACAGAAUAUAUUCCUAAACAGUGGAAAGAUAAAAAUUCUAGAAGCUAAUGACAACAGCCUCACUACAGUUCCAGAAAAAUUACUACUCCCUCUCCAGGACCUGGAAGAAUUGUAUUUGGAAAACAAUCAUUUAACCCAAUUACCUGAACAUAUCUUCAUCAAGAACUCACGAAUAAAAGUCCUGAACAUCGCAGGCAAUAACUUGAGUUCUUUUGAUGUUUUGAAAACGGCUUUUGCCGACAGUAUCGAAGUGUUGGAUGUCCAAGGAAACAAUUUGCUUGGCGUUCAGAUUCCACGGAAUUUAUUGAAACUUUUUGCGCAAAAUAAUAACAUCGACACCGUCGUCAUCGAAUAUGCAUCCUUUCAUCGGUUGGAAAUCCUAGAUCUCAGCGAUAAUAAUUUAUCACGAAUCGAUAAAUUAUUCAAACUGAUUCGUUUGCGGUCGUUAGACUUAUCAAUGAACACCAUUAAGAAGCUGGAUGUCAGUCGGCUGUAUAAGCUACCAUACUUGGAGAGUUUUAAUGCUUCCAGAAGUGGAGUGUGCAGCUUAACAGGAGUGUUGCAUAAACGGCAUCUUGGUUUGAUGUCGCUUGACUUGUCGUACAAUGAUAUUGUUCAAUUCGAUCUUUUCAUUCCUAUAUUUUUUACCUCCCUACUGCAGCUGGGUGUCACCGGUAAUCCUUUUGCUGAUCGGGAGUUUUAUGAGAACAUAAAGUUGCUGGGAGACAUUGAUGCACUACAGAAAGACUUUAGAUUAAUUUAGGUUUAAGACUUCUUGUUCACUUAAAAAUUAUCGCCUUGAUCAAGUUCUUAUAACUCGCAUAUGUUUUAUUCUGAUUUCGCACAAAAAAUGCUUUUGAAAUCUUUCACUAAGACCAGAAUUACCGGCAAAUAUUUUUGUGGUUUUCGCAGAUGGAAACAUUGGAAAAAGUAUGAUUAUAUAACAGAGAAAAGCACCAAUUUUGUGCGGUACAGCAACAUUCAACUUUUGCGGGAAGUAAAAAUUUCAUACAGGUUCAGAGUUUUAAUUUUAAGGAACAAUAAAAUAAAAUAAUAAAAAUAAAUUGCGGUUAUUCGCGAUUCAAGAAUGGAAAAUAGAUACCCGAAUAUAUUGAAUCUAAUGUCUCGAAUUUUAAAAGCAUUUUCAUUCAUGUUUAGUUUAAUACCUGAAAGAAUGUAGUUCUAGAAUUACUCAAAAAAAAAAAAGUUUCAAUUUGUGGUGUUAUAUUUAGAGUUAUGAGAGAACAUUAAAUUACUAGCUGUACACUUCUGAAAAGCGCUUUUUUAGAUACCUGCUCUAGGCAACAAAGCUUUUAUUAGUGUUCUACUAAUCAUAUAUGUUUUUCAUUUUCUUCGUUCUCGCGAUUGAUGUUUAUCCAUAAUUUUUAACGCUUGAGAUUUUCUGAAAAAAAAAUAACCCCUAAAUUCCAAUUUAACUUAAAUUCAAAUUCGACUGAUUCGACUGAAAGCCUUCUCGAAUGUAACACUUCGUGCUGC